AUGUCGAGAACAGAUUCAGGAAUGCCACAGAAUGCAGAUUUCUUUGCUCCGCCUCCUCUUGGACCAGAAUUAGCUGGUGGGAAAUGGAAAGUUCAUGUUAUAGAUGAUGAUGGAAAGAUUACAGAAGAAAAUAUUCCUGGAAAGCAAGUCUCAGGAAAAAGAGAGUGGCGUAGAACCAAGUCGAGGAGAAAUGUUUAUUGCAUCACGCACAAGAUCAGAUGGAGGUGA